CAUUAUCGCAGCACGCCGCGUCAUCAAAUCGAGGCCGGAGAGAGAGAGAGAGCAAAAAGAACAAAAAAAAAAAAGGUUUCCUCGAGCGUGGAAGCGAGUGGGAGGGAUUCUCUCUCUCUCUCUCUCUCUCUCUCUCUUCCCGGCGUGGUGAGAGGUGAAUCCCCAAUCCGCCGGUGCCACAGCCAGCGGUAGGGUUGCGGGGAUCGCGGUGCCGGUGCGGGAGCGGGCGCGGGCGCGGGCGCGACUGCUGUAGAGUAGCCGCCGACGACGGCGCGGCGGAACCGGAUGCUAUGCUGCUGAACUGCGGGUCGCUCUCCUCCUGGGUGCGCCGCUUCGUCGCCUGCGUCGGAGCAGAGGUUGUUUUGGUUGUGCCCAGCCUACUCCCAUAAUAGCUGUUGAUGAGCCUUCAAAAGGUUUAAGAAUUCAAGGGCGCUCAGUAAAAAGGCGCCAUUUGUCCGACGACUUUUGGAGUUCAAGUCCGCACGAAAUGGAGAACAGUGCCCUGCAAUCCCGACAUAGUAUGUCUUCAAUCAGUACAGCAGCACAACCUAAUGACCAGCAUGCUGCUGGAAGUAGCAGCAAUCCAAAUGAAUUUGUAAAUCAAGGUCUUCUACAAUGGCACCAGACUAGACAACAGUGGAUUGGAAAACGAAAGCGUAAUUCUCAGGGCCAACAAAGUCGAGAACCAAAAAUAAGUCAUUAUGCCACAUAUGAGAGCCUGCUUGGUAGCACAAAACCAUUUGCACAAUCGAUCCCUCUCAGUGAAAUGGUGGAUUUCCUCGUGGUCAGCUGGGAGCAGGAAGGCCUAUACGAUUAGGAGACGGUUAAUGGAAGUGUAUUGUUUGAGGCCACGUUAUGAAAUCGCUGAAAUGUACGCAAACUUUAGUUGGCUGCCAAAGCUUGUGUGGUGAUGAAUGUGGAUUGUCUUGGAGACAGGAUGGCAUCCCUCUCUUAAGCAAAUGUAAAAUAUUCUGUCUUUUACUGCUAGUAAUUGUGUUUACAGCGUUCAAUUUGCUGUUCCUUGGUU